AUGUCAAGUCAAAAACGACAAUCCACAUUAAGUAGAUUUUUCACAACAAUUAAACCCUCUCAAUCUACAGAAUCUACUUUAACGGAAAAAGUAUCAUCAAAAUCACCACCACUACCACCACCACCACCACCACCUACUGCCUCUCCUUCUCUUCCUUCUGAAAAACUAUUAGAGUUUGGAUUUGAUGGAACCAAAGACAGUACCUCUACCCGCACCACCACAACCAAAUCAAAAGAUGUUGAAAAACGCAAAUCAACAACAUCAUCAGGUUCAUCCUUUUCUUCUGAAUCUAAACCGAAAAGGCCAAAAGAAAAACGACUUACACCAUUAGAGAAACAAAUAUUAGAAUUAACUGAACAACAUCAAGAUAAAAUUUUAUUAAUUCAAAUUGGUUAUAAAUAUAAAGUAUUUGGUAUCAAUGCACUUAAAGUAUCGAAAAUUUUAAAUAUCAUGUAUAUCAGUAAUGAUAUUGAAGAUACAAGAUUUCAUUAUUGUAGUAUUCCUGAUACAAGAUUACAUAUUCAUUUACAACGAAUUUUAAGUCAUGGAUAUAAAGUUGGAGUUGUCAAACAAAUAGAAUCAACAAUUGUUAAACAAAUUGAAAAAACAUCGAAAUCAUCUGAUGUUAUGCGAAGAGAAGUUACUGGGGUUUAUACUAAGGCAACAUAUCUUGGUGAUGAAUCGAAUGAAAAUACCAAGGGAAGUUGGGAUGGUUUAUCAUCAUCAUCAUCAUCAUCAUCAUCAGAUGUACCGGAAUAUAUUGUUUGUAUUAAUGAAGUUUCCGAGAAACAAUUUGCUAUUGUUGCUGUACAACCAUUAAUUGGAGAAGUUAUAUUUGAUAGUUUUAAAGAUGAUAUAAGUCGACAAGAAUUAGAAACAAGAUUAUUAUAUCUUCGACCCGUUGAAGUUAUUGUCAUUACUAAUGGAAGUUCAGAACAAAUUAGUGGACCCACAUUAAUGACUUUAAAAUUAAUUAAUCAUAAUUGUAAUAUAAUUCAUAAAUCAGGAUCACCGAGUGAAAAUGGAAAUGAAAAUGAAAAUGAAAAUGAAAAUGAAGCCAUUGAAGCCAUCAUGUCAAAAUAUUUGAAUGAAAAAUUAGUUGAAUAUUAUUCAAUUAAUUUCUCUAUCCCUAUUCAACAAUGUUUUGAAUAUUUACUUUUAUAUUUAAAUGAAUUUAAAUUAACUAAUAUUUUCACCAUCCCAGAAAACAUUACUAAUUUCCAAGAUUCAAAAAAAUAUAUGAUAUUACCAGCCAAUACAUUAAAUUCCCUUGAAAUUUUCACUAAUACCACUGAUCAUACUACUAAAGGUAGUCUUUUCAAAUUAUUAAAUAAUACUAAAACCAUAUUUGGUUCAAGACUUUUACAAAAAUGGGUAUCUAGACCACUUGUACAUAUACAAGACAUUAAAGAUCGUCAUCAAGCCAUUGAAGAUUUACAAAGUGAAUAUAAUCAUGUUGUUGAUUCUAUUAGUAAUUUCUUGACAAAGAUUAAAUAUCUUGAUUUAGAAGGAUUAUUAAGUAAAAUCCAUUAUUCUAGUACUAACAACAACAACAACAACCUUAGAAUAAAUCGGAAACAAGUAUAUUUAUUAUUAUCAAAUUUACAAGAAAUUUUAAUAUUGGUUCAAAAAUUUGAAAAAAGUAUUAAAUCAUUUAAAUUUAAAUCAUCAUUAUUAAUUCAAAUAUUUGAUGAAUUAUUAACUAUUUCUCAAACGGAUAUUAUUAUUAUUGAAAAUUUUUUAUCAAUGAUUGAUCUUUCAUUUAUUGAUUGUAAAGAAUCAUCAGAACAAUGUCGAAAAUUUUUCAAAAGAAAUAGUUUUGAUAGUAUUGAACUUCAAUAUCAAAAUAUUGCACAAUAUCAACAACAAAUUGAACAAGAACAAUUGGAAAUUAUUCGAAAAGAACUUGGAAAUUCAAAAUUAAAAUAUGUUCAAAAAGAUGGAGAACGAUAUCUUAUUGAAAUUAGAAAUAAUCAACGUGAUAAAUUAUCAAAAAUACUUGAUGAUAAAGAUUACAUUUUAAUUAAAAGUACUCAAACCAUCACUAGAUAUCGGAAAAAAUCCGUCACUGAAUAUUUAAAAUUAUUACAAUAUCAUGAAGAAAUGUUAAUUAAAACAUGUGAUGAAGAAUUUCAAAAUUUUUUAAAAGAUUUAGAUUCCAAUUAUACAUUAUUUUAUAAAAUCAUUAAAAAUUUAGCAAUUUUUGAUUGUUUAUUAUCUUUAACCACUACAAGUUCACUUCCCAAUUAUACUAGACCAACGCUUAUUGAUGAUGAUUUGACCAUACUUGUUAAACAAGCACGACAUCCUACUAUUGAACAAUUACGUCCAAAUUAUGUUGCCAAUGAUAUUAAUAUUAAUAUUGAAUAUGAUAAAAAUCGAGUAUUAAUAAUCACCGGACCAAACAUGGGUGGGAAAUCUUCAUAUGUGAAAACCGUGGCAUUAUUAACCGUGAUGACUCAAAUUGGAUGUUAUUUACCUUGUCAAAAUGCUACCAUGGGGAUAUUUGAUUCGAUAUUUAUAAGAAUGGGAGCCAAUGAUAAUAUCUUGAAAGGUUAUUCAACAUUUAUGAUGGAAAUGUUACAAUGUAAAAAUAUAAUUCUGAUGAUGAGUAAUAGAUCAUUAAUUAUAUUAGAUGAAAUUGGUCGUGGUACUGGUACUAUUGAUGGGAUUUCUUUAGCUUAUUCAAUUUUAAAAUAUUUGAUAGAAUCAGAGUUUAAACCAUUAGUAUUAUUUAUUACUCAUUAUCCUUCAAUUCAUGUAUUAGAACAAGAAUAUCCUAAUCAAUUAGUUGUUAAUUAUCAUAUGGGAUAUCAAGAAAUUAAAAAUAAUACACCAGGAGAGAUUCCGGAAAUCAUUUUUUUAUAUAAUUUAUGUCGUGGUGUGGUUAAUAAUCUGUAUGGAUUAAAUGUUGCUAAAUUAGCUGGGAUAUCUCAUGAUAUAAUAAAACAAGCUUAUCGGGUUAGUGAAAAAGUGAAAUCAGAUAUUGAAUUAAAAGAAUAUUGGAAAUUUGCUCAUUCAUUAAAUAAAGCUUUAAAAGAAGGUGGUAGUAGUAGUCCAAAUCAACUUGAUGAUAUAGAUUAUUAUAUAUUAUCUAAACAUUCAUCAUUAUAA